AUGCACAAUCUAGAAGAAUUAUGUCUCUCGUUUACCGGCCGCGUUCUCAACGUGGCAUGCGACAUUAAAAUUACCACAUUUGGCAAAGCUAAUAGCGUGCUACAGUCGGGAGGCAAAGCCAAAAUAACGGUGGAAUUCAAGUACUACGGAGAAUUAUCAUCCGCUUUCGUCAUGACCACCGCGGUUGUAACUACGCCACCAUAUCAGUUCCUUCUUUUUGAUUCCCGGGUGGACUGUCGCAGACUCCGUACUAGUGAAUGUCAAAUGCGCCGAUAUGGAAAUCAGUACUUGUUCCAUCAUCAAAUUUCGAUCAGUUCACAGUGGCCACUGACGCCCAUCUAA